AUGGCCGCUAGUCCGACAACACAGGACGAGAUGGAGCGAAGAGGCCGGGUGCUGCCAAAUGGGCGCCACAUACUACCUACCAGACGACCGUCUGCUGUGGGCACUGCUCCGGCGGCUUUCGGGUCUUCCAACAAUAUCCAGCCUUACACUGUUCUUAGCAGCCCUUCUCCAGGUCCCCAUGUCUUCUCUGCCACACAACAUACGAACAAUGCACAGGCAAUCUCACACGGGAACCCAUCAAAGGCACUGCCGGCUCUGCAAGCCCCGGCCAUGAAGCGACAGAUCUCCACGCCUCACAUCAACAAUGCGGCUGCGUCGCCGUACUCCAGCCAGAAAGAGGCCGAGGAAGACCGGCUCCAGGCACUGAUGUACAUCGGACAAGGAUCAUUGCGCCUUUAUGAUUCAAGACUGCAAGAGGCUGAGGAAUCGUACGUGCCAAGUGACAGACAUCAUUUCCGGCACAAGGAGGUUCAUAGCUCUCAAGCCCAGGAGUUUCAGCCUCAGAAUUCCGUCACUCAGUCUCCAGGCGAGGAAGCGAUAGGCUCUGGUGAAUCCACACAAGAGGAGCUGUAUUUGACCCAGCAUAAGGAAUUGCAGCAGGUGGCAGACCAGGGACCCGGACAGAUUAUCGACGCGGAAGAUUGUGUCGACAGCUCCACUCCUUCCACACCGGCGAGCUCGGACAAUAUACCUCGGGCAACAGUUGCCAAGGGCAAGGGAAAGGGGGUAGACAAGCCAAGACCCUAUCCGGACGGUGUGAAGUACCGGUGUGAAAAGUGCGGCAGACAAUUCUCACGCAAGGACAACCUCCGGCAGCACGAUCGAAACGUACAUAAGUGCAGCACAAACAGAAGGAAGCCAGGCGCCGGUCACAUCAAGUUCAAAUCCACCUUCGAGCUCCGCUCCGUCUUCGAACUCAGCUCCAUCUGCGAACUCAGCUCCUUCUUCAAGCAUUGCGACUGGGAGCAGGUUUUGGGCUGUUAA